CGGUUGCGCUUCCUGUGGAGAGCUAAUGCACAGUUUCUGCUGUCGCGUUCUUUAAUCUAGUCGAUAUUUAAAAACAAUCCUGCUUAUAAACUCUGCAGACGGACUAAAAUCUGGCAGAUUGUGUUUAAAACACCCUGGCUGAUCUUCUUCUUCUGCUGUUAGACGAGCGCUGAGAGGCAGCGUUUAAGCUGCUGGAGAGCUCCAGUCAGCAGUGGCUGCAGGGUCUGGUCUACCUCAUCGGGAACCUGCUGGGCUCCGCAUUGGCCAUCUACAAGUGUCAAUCAAUGGGGCUCCUCCCCACGCACUCCUCUGAUUGGCUGGCAUUCAUCGAGCCGCCGCAGAGGCUGGAGAUCAUGGGCGGAGGGAUGGUCAUGUGACGCGCACACACACACACACACACACACACACUGUUAUUUAACGUCAGCAUUUUAACCGCACACACUGAUGAUUAAUUUAUAUUUGUGAUUUGUGUUAGCAGAGGUCUGAUUAAUAACGUGCAUUAAACUAAUAAAGAUUCUUUAACAUG